AUGGCUGACGGAAUGACAUACUCGAGUGAUGAGUCCCGCAAAGUUAUGCAAAUAUACGGUGCUUUAUCUACGAAUAAAGAAGGAUAUUUAUCAGUGUCCUUGCAGGAAAUGCUGACCAUACUUGAACAGAUGGAGCGGUUACGUGUAGCAUGGAAAGCAGCCGAAGAAAAAGCUAGCUAUCAUGAACAGUUGAACGCAAAAUCUUCGUCUGAGAUAGAGUCGCUCUCAUCGCAGCUUCGACGAUGCAAUGCAGAAUUAACGGAUGCUCGCGCUCAAAUCAGAGCACAACUACAGGAAGCUCAUGCAAUGCGGGCAGAUCUGGAUGAGACGGUCGAUCGGUUGAAACUGGUUAAGGAGCUAUUAAAGGUACAACAUGAGAAUAUUCAAAAGUUAUACCGCGUGCAGAAUCAUGUAAAAUUUCUUCGCGGACUGGUAAGAUUUCUUUGCACUAGUCGCCUCUUACUGACCCAUUCAUCGAGGCGGGACAGAUUUUGGUCGAAAUUUUACCAUACGAAUAAACUUGAAUGA